CACACUCUCUCUCACACUCAAUCUCACUCACACGCACACACACUAAUUGAUGUAACGUAGGCUUUUAUCUUACAGCAUACACACCUAUGUGCUGAACGCGGCCAACCUGCCCCCACUUCUCCGCAAUGUGCGGGGCGCCCUGUUUCCCAAUAACAUGGCCAGUAAUAAGGCGCCGCUGCUGGUCGCCCCCACUUCCGACACCGAACUCCGCGCCCUCAGACGCAGGUGCGCUAGAUCGCUUUUGGGAAUGCUGCCGCGGCCUGUAGGAAGGCUGUUUUUCGGCGGCAGGUUGAGGGGUCGUGCUACUGCAACCACUCCUACUACGACUGCUGCUACUACUAAUGCUGGGGAUAGCAGGAAAGUCGGUGAACGGGAGGGCAGAGCAGCGAAAGGCGGAACCGAGUCAGGGCCGACAGGGUCAGCCUGGACAGGAUCAGCCGGAUCGAGCCCGACGCGGUCCGCUCCGUCGGGGCCGAAGGGCAUCGACGACCGCCACCGCCGCCGACGCCGUCAUGACCAGGAUCAAAACCAGGGUCAGGGUCAGGACCAGGGCCAGGGCCCUUGCACCACCCCUCGUUCUAGCGUGGAAGAUGCGGGCGCUAGUACCACUGCUAGUGCGAGCGGUGGUACUACUACUGUGGACAUGAUGACACGGGAUGAUUAUGAUGACCGUGAUGGUGGUGACGAUACUGAUGGUAACAGUUAUCGCGACCAGAAUCAGGAAGCCGAGGAUGACGGGGAGAUCUUGGACGAAAUCGAGCGAAGCAUCCUGGACGUGUUUAGCGAUGCCUACUGCAACAAGCACCUGGUCUAUGCCAUACUGGAGCUGGUGCUUGUGAGACUUAUGCCUGAGCUUGCCGAGAAAGGUGUGGUUGAGCUUUUGAGCGAUAGGAUUACCCUGUAGACGAAUCAUACCUAUACCUUAGGUACUCGGCAGAUUGUACCGCUUCUGGACGGGUAGAGGGGUACAUCCAGAUCUUGCAUUUGAUGCCAAAACGAUCCAAAGUCCCUCGGCGUU